AUGCGCCUAAUUUUGACAGAAGCGAUAGUUAUCCUAUGUCUAAGCUGCACUUUACUUAGUGCUUUGUCUGUAAAAUGGAGCCAUCCGCCAAAUAUUGUGACAAAGGAGAAAUGUUACUCCGCGAAUGUAUCAAGUCAGCAAGGUACUUGCAGCGUCAAAAGACAGCCGCUCUUGAAACGAAAACUCGUUCGCAUAGAUGGAAAACAGGUCGGUCAUGUGAGUCAUGAGCACUUAGUUGCAGGGGAAACCCACAAAAUUAUCACUCGAGCACUCAAACCUCCUGUUUUUGAGAUACCAAAUUUUUUGACUGAAGAGGAAUGCCAGCAUAUUAUGCAAAAAGCAAAGGAAACAGGACUUGAGUUGAGCGAAGUUGCUUUGCCUGAGGAACAAGAUAAGUUUGCUAGUAGUUGUUAUGACGAUGACUACAGAUGUGUGAGAUGGGCCAAAUAUGGAGAAUGUGAGAAAAAUCCUGGGUAUAUGUUAAAAAACUGCCAGCAGAGCUGUGAGGUAUGUGAAGAUGGAAGGGUUCUUGACUUUGAUGAUUUGGACCGUGAUGAGGAUGGUAUACUCACGGGAUAUGAGUUCAGUAAGGCAGUAGAAAGAUUAUUUUUCAUGUACUUGGAUGAACAAGAUCUACAAGAAAUGCAAGUAUUUGACAUAAUAGUGAAUAUAACCUACAACAGUUCACUGUUUUUAGAUUUGAACGUCACACAGUUUGGUUCAGGCCUCCUCUGCGAUGAUAAUGAAGCUGAUUGCUCCAAAUACGCGCAGGACGGAGAAUGUGAGAACUUUCCAGUUUGGAUGCUACUCACCUGUAGGAAAGCGUGUAGAAACUGUGGAUGUGAAGACCUGGCAGCCAACUGCUCUUCUCUGGAAAAAGAAGGAAAAUGCCUCCACCCAGAUCAUGCUAACUGGAUGCUAAGAAACUGUCGUCGAACAUGUAAAGUUUGUCUAGGAGCCGUGAGCUAUGACACAUACAGAAAAAUGGACGCGAAUGAUCUCUUCAAGUUCGUGAAGACAAUGGCAAGGAAACACCCAAGACAUAGAUCGCGCUACAGUCACACGGCCUGGUUACACAGCACCACCCCAGACCCAAUACAAAAUAAAAUUAUUGACAGAGUUGUAAAGUUAACCCAGCUUCCUCGUGAGAUAGUAGAAGGUGCCGAAUCACUUCAGGUGGUUAAAUACGACAAGUAUGGACAUUACCACGCCCACUACGACUCCUCGGGCACUGGCAACGACAAAUUGAUUUGCUGUCACCAGACGAGAAACAAAACUCUGCCAUGUCGCAUCUGCAGGUUCGUCACAAUUCUUUACUAUUUGAACGACGUUGAGGAAGGAGGCGAAACAGCUUUUAUAGUGGCUGAUAAUUCAACUCUGAACCAAUCGAUCCUAUUAGCGAAACGAGGCCAACAAGGAGAUCCCUAUAAUCUCAGUAACUACUGUCAAGACGCCAGUUUGGUAAUAGCACCAAAACGAGGCACAGCCGUCAUGUGGUACAAUCACUACCUUGACUCCGACAGCGAGUGGCUUGGGGAUAGAGACCCUUACUCCCUGCACGGAGGCUGUGACGUCAGACGAGGACACAAGUGGAUAGCCAAUCACUGGAUACCAGCGCCAUAUGAGAAUUACCAGCACAUUCCCAGUAUAUAUCGAAGAAAAAUUAAAAGGGAUCAUGAUUAAUUAGAUUAAUAUUUUAAAUCGUGAUCAGUAGAGAUCUGUGGUCCACGCAAUGGUGCAAUUUUCAAUUCAGUGUCCAAAGUAAUUCGAGGUUUCUUUGGUUUUUCUCACUUCGCUAUGUGAAUACUCCUGCAGAAAACUCGCCCCUAUUUCUCGACCAAUCAGAUUCUAAACUAUAGCUAAUUGCGUUGAGUUGGGUUUUACGACUCUCGAUUGAACUGAUGUGCUCUGUCUGAAUACAAAGAACUUCUUCACCAGCUAUUCGGGUGAUGAAAAUAUAUAAUCCUCUAAAUUUAUAUUAGAAGAAUUUAUAUAAAGUCCGAUUUGAAAGAAUGUAAAGUUAAGAUCUUUGAUACCCUUAGAACGUGUUCAGGAAGUUGACAACAUUUUUGACGAAU